AUUUAUGAAUUAUAUAUAUGUCAAGUGUAACUCAUUUAUGGUGUUAAUAGUUGACACUUGUCGCAACACCCCAAAAAAGUAGGGACCCAGAAGAGUUAGACUACAAAUAUUAUCUUGACCGUUAAAUCACCGAACUAUGAUCGGUCUGAUCAGAUGCUCUGCACGUUUAUAUUCUAGUCGUGCGCACAGACAAUCGAAACCCCUCCAGAUCUGACCCAUUCAAACAAGCUCCGCUGAACCAGCGCCAACCAAAAAAUUUGGCGGCCAAUUCCAAAUUUUCAAAAACAUUUCAUAAUGCUCAAGAAAACUUCAGAACCUCCCAAUUCCAAAACUGAAAGGCUCCAAUACAACAGAUUCAAAACCUCCAAAUUUUCUCCCAUCUCCCCCCAAAAGAAAACCCACCCUCCUCCAAUUUCUCCGUUUCGCCGCCUCUCUCAGAUUCCAACGCCGAAGGCGAAUCCAGCGAAGGUUCUCUCAUUUCCCGCCGACACUUCUCAGGUAUCCCCUCUUCUUCCCCAACUACUAACAUUCGGCGCCCGUCGAGUAGCAAGUUUGAAAGGGAAUUCGGGAAAGCUGUAGUCGCCUCGCUGAUUGGAGCUCAAAUCCUGUUUUGCCCUAAUUGAGCUGCGGCUGUUCUGUUUUCUUAGAUCCAUUGGAAGCUUCUCCGAGCUAGGUCAAUGCUGUUACUUUUGAUUUCUAGCUAGUUCCUUGGGCGAAAUCAAUCUGUUGCGAGCUUUAAAAUUCAAUUUGAGUUGCCCUGGUGUGAGAUUGGUCAUUGUUUCCUCACCAAUGUGUUCCUAAUUCGGUCAGUUUCUAGUGGGUUAUUGCUCUUCAUUGGAUUAGAAGUUGUGGGGGACUGAAUAUUGAGGGGGAGAAAAAAAGGAAGGAGUCAUGGUGAGAGAGCAAAAGGUGGAGUCUUUCUAUAAACGCCUUCGGGAGUCGGUCUCAGCUUCCUCGCUCUCACCUCUACUCAUAUUCCCGUCGACAUCAGAUGUAGAUUCGCUCUGUGCGCUCAAGGUCAUUUUCAACAUCAUAGAGUCGGAUUCGAUCCGGUACGCCUGUUACCCUGUGUCUUCUUUCCAAGAAAUUCACAAGUAUGCUGGCCAAGAUCUGACUUCUUCAUCAUCAGAGGAGCCCAUUUCAAUCCUCUUAGUCAACUGGGGAUGCCAGCGUGAUUUGAGGAGGUUGCUGCAGUUGGGCCCUGGGGUUCGGGUUUUCGUUGUCGAUAGCCACCGCCCGAUCCAUUUGCACAACCUGAAUGAGCAGAAUGAGAAUGUUGUGAUACUCUAUACCAGGGAGGAUGAGAGACAAGCUGACUUGGCUUAUGAUUUUUCUGAUGCGGCUCAUGAUUUCGAUGUUUCUGCUUUGGCUAAUGCUGGUGACUUGAACAGUGAUGAUGAGGGGAAUGAGAGUUCUGAUAGCGAGAGGGAUGAAGACAGUGACAGUGAGGAUGAGGAUGGAGAUGGGAAUGCAAGGAAGCGGCGGAAGGUAUCUAAAGAUAAUGAAGAUGACCCUCUUCAGCUUUACAGGAAAUUGAAGAGGGAAUACUAUAGCAUGGGUACUUUCCAUGGGAAGCCCUCUGGGUGCUUGAUGUAUGAACUGUCUCAUUCUUUGAGGAAGAAUACGAAUGAGCUGCUUUGGUUAGCUUGUGUCUCGCUAACUGAUCAGUUUGUUCACGAGAGGCUGACAGAUGAGAGGUACCAGGCUGGGGUGAUGGAGCUAGAACAGCACAUCAACAGUAUGGGAAAUCUGGAGGCAAUUACCGCGGUGACUCUGAAAGAUGGAACCAAGAUUCGAGCGCCUGAGUCAUCGAGAAUCUCAUAUGAAGACGAACCAAGACUUAUGUUGUUGCGGGAGUGGAAUUUGUUUGACUCAAUGCUGUGCUCUUCCUACAUCGCACCCAAGUUGAAGACAUGGAGCGACAAUGGCAUGAAGAAGCUCAAGCUUCUUCUUGCCAGGAUGGGGUUUGCACUUGUGGAUUGCCAGCAGAAAUUUCAGUACAUGAAUCUUGAGGUGAAGAAAAAGAUGAAAGAUGAGUUUGAACGUUUCUUACCCGAGUAUGGGCUUAAUGAGUUUUACUACAGGAGUUUCCUGAGGCUGCAUGGUUAUAGCUCGAGGGUUUCAGCAGCAGAUGUGGUGUAUGGAGUGACAGCACUGCUGGAAUCAUUUGUGAAUUCCGAUGGCUCUUGUGCUUCCAAGCAAUUUGGGGUGGCCUAUGAUGCACUGUCGUUGAACAAUCUCGACAAGUUACGAGCUGGAAUGCAACAGGCGAUCAAGGUGCAGAGGGCUAUUCUCAGGCAAGGAAGUGCAGCCAUUACCAAGAGUGGGUGUGUUAGAAGUGGGAGAAAGUUCAGGUGGGUGAAACUUGAGGACUCCAUAGACACCAAGCUGUUGGGAUACCCACAGGCCUUAACAAAGUUCUGCUACUUUGUAAUGGAUGCAUUGAGAGAGAGAGGAGCUCGGCCGAAGCCAUUGCUGUGCGCUUGCCUGUCACCAGAUGCAAAUAAGAUGCUGAUAGUUGGAGUGUGCGGGAAGCCUCGACUGGGUGCGCUGAAAGGAAAUGCAUUUGGAGCUGCGUUCAGAAAUGCUGCGCAGGAGAUUGGAGCAGAGUACUUCCAUGAGUUAUUCGAGUCUUCCUGGAUUGUGUUAGAGAAAGAUGCAGUCAAUAACUUCAUGAUCAGAAUAACUGAGAAGCUCUGAAUUCUUUUCUAAGAAAAAGGGUCAGAGCUUUUCUUUGUUCAAAUUGAUUUGUUAUCUCUUUGGUUUUAACUUGUUUUCUUAACAAGUGUUUGUUUGUUAUUUCAUAGUCCAUUUCUUUACUUUACUUUCUUUAUUUCUGUUAGCUUGUUGAAAACUACUUGACAAAGAAAUGAGAUUCCGUCUGUAUUAUCAUAUUAUGUUAUUUUCUUCUUGUGCACUAAUUUGCUUGUUCUUAGAGAACUAAGAUCCAAGUAAUUAAAAUCCUAGUGAACAAUGGGUGUUUGGAGCAUGAAUUUAGAGAGUUCAACAAGAAGUUAUAAUUUUUAAUGUAGGACAUUAAUUACCAUAUAAAAAUAAGACAUAAAACACUGG